AACUUUAGCAGCAGCAGCAGCAGCCAGGAGCCGGCAUCACUUCACUCCAUCAACAUAUAUUUCAUUGCUUCGAAGAGAGACUGCAAGCUUCAAUCCUCAUUUUAUUGAAUUGAUUCACUUGUUCGUGUUCAGCCAUGGCCGCUGCAGAAGCAACCCAUCUCAUCAUCUUCCUCAUCUUACCCAUUCUACCAGUCCUCUUCUUCACCUUCCUCAUCAAACGCAGAUCAUCAUCACCCAAAGCCCCGCCUCUUCCUCCAGGCCCUCGUCCAUGGCCCAUCGUAGGCAACCUCCCCCACAUCGGAACCAAGCCUCACGUCGUCUUCGCCAAAUUAGCCCAACGCCACGGCCCGCUCAUCUCGCUCCGGCUAGGCACUCAGCUGGUCGUCGUAGCCUCGUCUCCGGCGGCCGCAGCCGAAAUUCUCAAAACCCACGAUCGAUUCCUCUCCGGGCGCUACGUCCCUCACGCGUCAUACGCUAAGAACCCGGACAAGAACCACAUGUCGUUCGGCUUUACGUUCGAGUGUAACGAUCACUGGAAGUUGCUCCGGACCGUCUGCCGGACGGAGAUUUUCAGCGCGAAAGCCGUCGACGGCCAGGCUGGUAUAAGGGAGAAGAAGGCGGACGAACUGGUCGGGUUUUUGAGCUCCAAGGAAGGAGAGGCCGUGAGAAUUGCAGAGCUUGUGUUCGUCGGUGUCUUGAACUUCUUGGGGACUAUAUUUUUUUCGAAGGAAUUUAUUAGGUUGGAAGGAGCGGGAAGAGGCGGCGCUGAAAUUAAUGGCCAUAUGAAGCGGCUGGUGGAGGUGUUGUCUAGGCCAAACUUGUCCGAUUUUUAUCCAUUUCUGGGAGGGCUCGACCUUCAGGGUUUGACAAAGAAGUUUGAAGGGGCUGCGGCGCAAAUUUUUGGAGCCUGGGAAGAGAUACUUAGAGAGAGAAGAAGAGGCGGUGAUUCAAAGAUGCCUGCUACAGAUUUCUUGGAUGCUUUGCUGGCUAAAGGAUUUACAGAUGCUCAGAUCAAUUACUUGUUCAUGGAACUGUUUGUGGCUGGAACAGAUACUACUACCUCAACAAUCGAAUGGGCCAUGGCGGAAUUGAUGAGAAACCCAGAAGCCAUGCAGAAACUUCGUGAAGAACUUGAUCAACAAAUCCCAACUGGCGAUGCCAUAAGAGAGCCUCACCUCCACAACCUCUCUUACCUCCAUGCAUGUGUGAAAGAAACCCUGAGAUUACACCCUGCGGCGCCACUCCUCCUUCCCCGAAUUGCAGCCCAGAGCUGCCAAGUGAUGGGCUUCACCAUCCCAAGGAACGCCCAAGUUUUUGUGAACGUAUGGGCCAUUGGGAGAGACCACACCAUUUGGGAGAACCCAUUAGUGUUCAAGCCCGAGAGGUUCCUCCUCGAUUCUAGUUUGGAUUUUAGAGGAAAUGACUUCGAGUUCUUGCCUUUUGGUGGUGGAAGAAGGAUCUGUGCUGGGCUGCUCAUGGCUAUCAGACAAAUUCACUUGACUUUGGCUAACUUGGUUUACCAAUUUGAGUGGUCUCUCCCAGACAACGCACUUCCUCAGCAACUAAACAUGAAUGAGAAAUUUGGGGUUUUGUUGGAGAAGGAGCAACCUCUAGUUGUCAUCCCAAAGCGAAGACGAUAACUCCAUCCGCUAAGUAAGUUAGUCAUCUUAGGAUUAAAUAAGUGACGUUUUCUUUGAAUAAAAUACAUCAGCAUACAUGUAAUGCAUUUUGUACCUGUUUCUUUGUUGCAAUAUUAGAAACCUAUUUAGGAA